GAUGAUCCAACAUUAGAACGCCACUUCAAAGGUCACAAAGAUGCCAUUACAAGCGUCGAUUUUAAUCCAAACAUGAAGCAAAUAGCUUCCGGAGCCAUGGAUUCGUGCCUGAUGGUUUGGAAUUUUAAACCUCAUAUGCGUGCCUACAGAUUUAUUGGACAUAAGGAAGCAGUGAUGUGCAUUCAGUUCUCUCCAUCUGGACAUUUGGUGGCUUCGUGCUCCAGGGAUAAAACAAUCAGACUGUGGAUUCCCAGUGUAAAAGGUGAUUCGACAGUAUUCAAAGCACACACAAGUACAGUCAGAAGUGUGGAUUUUUCACGCGAUGGCCAGAUGUUAUGCAGUGCCUCUGAUGAUAAAACUGUCAAGGUUUGGACAGUCAAUAGGCAGAAGUUUCAAUUAUCUUUGAAUCAGCAUCUGAACUGGGUUCGAUGUGCCAAAUUUUCAUCAGAUGGUCGGAUGGUUGUUUCAUGCAGUGAUGACAAAACAGUUAAACUUUGGGAUCUUCUAUCUAAAGAAUGCAUUCACACAUUCAAUGAGCAUAAAGGGUACGCCAGCUAUGUGUCAUUCCAUCCUAAUGGCACCAGCGUAGCUACGGCAAGCACUGAUAGUUCAGUGAAGGUCUGGGAUGUGAGGAUGAUGAAGAUGUUGCAGCAUUACACAGCACACUCAGGGGCAGUGAAUGGCCUUUCCUACCACCCAAGUGGAAAUUACCUGUUGUCCUGUUCGGAGGACACGACCUUGAAAAUAUUUGACCUUGUUGAAGGUCGACUCUAUUACACACUUCAUGGUCACCAGGCUUCUGUGACAGCUGUCAACUUUUCAAGAUCAGGUAAUCACUUUGCUUCAGGUGGAACUGAUGAACAGGUUUUAGUGUGGAAAACUAAUUUUGAUCAACUGGAGUUGAACCAGGUAAACAAAUCAUCAGCGUCAUCGCCAACGAGGUUUUCUUCAUCAACUACAACAGUUCCAGCAUCGCAUAAAGGCUCCACAUCAUUGCAUCCCAUCGAUGGAGAGUUGUUAAAUAAAGAGGAACCAAGAUUGUCUGCUCAUUUGAAUCAAACACUCGAACACAUCGUCAGGCAGCUUGAUAUUUUAACCGAAACAGUUUCCAUCCUGGAGCAAAGACUGACAAUGACGGAAACCAAACUUAGAGAAUGUCUAGACAAUCAGCAGAAACUUAUCACCAAGACCAAAUAUUCAUGA